GAAAAUUGACAGAAAUAAGCAAAAAAUAGUUAUAUUUUUUAAACACAAAAGACUAAAUCCGAUGAGUAUUUGUUACUAUGCUGGUCAAAGUCUUCAAAAGUUGUGCUGGUGAGAGUCAGAGAUUAAUUAUUGCAAUAAUGGAGGUAUUAAUAUUAAGAUAAUCAAAUUAAAAAUUGUAGAAUCUUCUAUCUUGGCAAAUUCAGUUGACUUAAUCAAAGCAUUAAUUAUUAUUAUUUAUCCAUAAAAUGAGCCAUAAGGAACAUUGUUCAUCAGUUCAUGUACAGCUUUUCAUACAACAACAACAAUGGAGGAAAUUCAAUUGCACUCCUUCACAUUUCCACUUCUUAUUAUUAUAUCCUUGUUCUUCUUUUUAUCAAUUACCAAAUGGUUCAACAAAUUAUUACCUAGUACAAACAAGAAAAACUUGCCACCCUCGCCUAGAAAGCUGCCGAUAAUCGGAAAUCUCCAUCAACUAGGCCCGUUACCGCACCAGGACUUCCAUUUCUUGGCCCGAAAACACGGCCCGGUAAUGCUUCUUCACUUCGGCAGUGGGCCCGUGGUUGUUGUCUCAUCGGCCGAAACAGCUCGUGAGAUCAUGAAAACUCAUGACCUCACUUUUGUGAACCGGCCUCACUACAGUGUUCAGAAGAAGCUUUUCUACGACGGUAAAGAUGUCUCUUUUGCCCCUUACGGCGAAUUCUGGAGGCAGCUGAAGAGCAUACUUGUUGUCCAUCUCCUAAGCAAUAAAAUGGUUCAAUCUUUUCGUUCCGUUAGAAAAGACGAAACCGCCCUUUUCGUGGAAAAGAUCAGAGAAUAUUCUUCUUCUUUGGAGAAAAAUGUGGUCAAUUUGAGUGAGAUGUUUUCCGAGUUGACUAACGACGGAAUUUGUCGGUCGGCCUUCGGACGCAAGUACGGCGAUUCGGAAAAUGGCGGGAAAUCGAUGAGUUUGUUGGCGGAGUUUUUGGAGCUUUUGGGGAUUAUUAGCAUCGGGGAUAUAUUUCCGUGGCUUGGUUGGAUUAGCCGUGUUAACGGCUUGGAUAAGAGAGUUCGAAGAGUUGCUAAAGAACUUGACGAUUUUCUCGAGGGCCUUAUUCGAGAACGGAUGGAAAAACCGGAGGGGGGGAAAAAUGGAGGGAAUUUUAUUGAUAUUGUUCUUGAAAUUUUUAACGACAAGGCUUCCGGUUUUUCGGUGGACAGGGAUAGUAUCAAAGCAUUAAUUCUGGAUGUUUAUGCGGGUGGGACUGAUACCACAGCCACAGUUCUCGAAUGGGCGAUGGCGGAACUCUUACGACACCCUAGAGUGAUGGAAAAUUUGCAAAAGGAAGUACGAGAAAUCGUCAAAGGCAAAAACGACAUAACGGACGAAGACUUAGAAAAAAUGCAUUACAUGAAAGCAGUGAUCAAGGAAACUCUUCGUCUUCACCCUCCGAGCCCGUUAUUAGUACCAAGAGUAGCCGACAAAGACGUGAAAAUAAAGGGCUACGAUGUCUCGAAGGGAACGAUAGUGAUGGUUAACGCGUGGGCCAUAGGGCGGGACCCACAGUCUUGGGAUGAGCCGGAGAAGUUUGAGCCGGAGAGAUUCUUGAAGAACUCAAAGAAUGAGAAUGUUGAUUUUAAGGGCCUCGAUUUUGAGCUUAUUCCGUUUGGGGCGGGGAGAAGGGGUUGUCCCGGGAUUUCGUUUGCGGUUGCCACUAUCGAGUUUGUGUUGGCAAAUAUUGUGCAUAAAUUUAACUGGGAAUUGCCUGAUGGAUUACAUGGGAAAGAUUUGGACGUGAGUGAAAAAGCUGGAGUUACUAUUCACAAAGCUAAUCCUCUUCUUGCGGUUGCUAAUCGGACGAAGUAAUUAAUUUCGAACACUUUAUCGAAGUAUUUAAAUUUCGAAUUAUUGCGUGCAGUGCUUU